AUGGACCAGCCGUCGUCAAGCCCCGAUCAUGACGACCCCCUCGCCCGCCGCCGCUCUCAGCAACCGCACGCCCGCAGCAUCUCGACGUCAUCGUCCUUGACCGGCUCCAUGGCCAGCAGCAGAAAGAGUCGCUAUGCCGAGCCGGGCACCUCGCAGGUCCACGCCGAGCGUUCCAGCGUCGUCUCGGCCGCUCCCCACUCCCCGCCCGCCUCGCUCAAGGCCUCGCUCGCCCACCAGAGCCGCAGACAGUCGGGCAACUCGGACGCCUGGAGCGACGAUGUCUCCCUGCCGCCGCCCUUGUCCCCCACCACCGCCGACGCCGACACCCCGCGGGUCCGCCCAGCUUCCACCUUUGACGCUGCUGCUGCCGCCCCGCUGCCCGACACUCUGACGGCGAGACCCUCCUUCUCCGAAAUCCAGUCGAGGCGCCUCUCGUCAACCUCUACCUACUCUCUAGCCUCGGCCCGCAGCCUCGUCAAUUCGUCGUCGUCUUCCCAUGCUGCCCCCGACUCUGUCGCCUCGUCGAGAUCCAUCCCGGCCUUCAUGUCCUCGGCCAAGAACCCACCCUCGGACGCGGGCCAGCCAAGCCUUGCUGGCCCGGCGACACCCUCUGCCCAACAGCACCAUCUCGCACCCAUAGACCCCCACGCACAGCCCCUCGACCUCAUGGGCCGCAACCAGCGAACCGAAUCUGCCAUGCGCUCUCAGCCAGAUCGCUCCCGCAGUAGGGCAAAGAGGAGAUUCAGCGGGAGCACUGCCGCCAGCAGCCACAGUCCCAGCAGCGAUCGCGGUCCCCAUCACCGCGACAAGGAAGAGUCCAAGCCAGCUGCCUGGGGGGUCAUUGGGAUAUGUGCUCUGGACAUUAAAGCCAGGAGUAAGCCGAGUAGGAACAUCCUCAACCGCCUCAUUGCAAACCGCGAAUUCGACGUCGUCGUCUUUGGCGACAAGGUUAUUCUUGAUGAAGAGGUUGAGAAUUGGCCCAUCUGCGACUAUCUCAUCUCCUUCUACUCUGAUGGGUUUCCCCUGGAAAAGGCAAUCGCCUAUGUCAAAGCUCGCAAGCCCUUUUGCGUCAACGAUGUGCCCAUGCAGCAGAUUCUCUGGGACAGGCGAGUGUGCCUUCGCCUCCUCGACCGCAUCCAAGUUCGCACCCCGAAACGACUCGAGGUCAGUCGAGACGGCGGCCCACAGGUUCUCACCGCCGACAUGGCAAAGCACAUCAAGGACAUAUCCGGCAUCUCCCUAAACCCGACCGACGCAGAACAGGUGCUGCCUCCGCGGCAUGUAGAACUGAUGGACGAUGGCGACGUCCUGAGCGUCGACGGCGCACUGCUCAAGAAGCCCUUUGUUGAGAAGCCCACGAGCGGCGAAGAUCACAACAUUAUCAUUUAUUUCCCGCGAAGCUCCGGUGGUGGCGCGAGGAAGCUCUUCCGAAAGAUUGGCAACAAGAGCUCAGACUACAUUCCUGACUUGAAUGUGCCGAGAGCAAUCACAGAGCCCGGCAGCAGCUACGUCUACGAAAGCUUCAUGCAAGUCGACAAUGCCGAGGAUGUCAAGGCCUACACCGUGGGGCCCCACUACUGCCAUGCCGAGACUCGCAAGUCCCCCGUCGUUGAUGGCAUCGUCAGGCGCAACACACAUGGCAAGGAGCUGCGUUACGUCACCGCGCUGAGCCCCGAGGAAAAGGAGGUGGCAAGCAAGAUAUCCAACACCUUUGGUCAGCGUGUCUGCGGCUUUGAUUUACUGCGAGCAUCCGGCAAAAGCUAUGUCAUCGACGUCAACGGGUGGAGCUUUGUCAAAGACAACGACGAUUACUAUGACCAUUGCGCAAACAUUCUCAAGGACAUAUUCGUCAAGGAACGGCUACGCCGCGGAGGUGUCACUCCCCCGAUGCCGUCUCCUGCCACGUCGGACGUCGAUCCACUCGCCCGCGCUGCGCAAGGCAUCAAGGACCGCGAGCAACAGACUGCCGCCAGCAACGCCUCUGCAGCGACUCCCAAGGCGGCCAGCGGGAGCGCGUCGGCUCCCCCCAGCACGGAGCCGCAGAAUGAAAAUCUGACCCUGCCCCGUCCCGUCUCUACCAUCUCAACCAAGACCACGGCCGCUCACACCCCCACGACUCAGCCACAAGAAGGGGAGGUGGUGGCCGCACCGCCGCCACCACCCAAGCACUCGUGGAAACUAAAAGGCAUGGUGUCUGUGAUACGCCACGCAGACCGUACGCCGAAGCAGAAAUACAAGUUCACGUUUCAUACAGAGCCCUUUAUUGCGCUGCUCAAGGGCCACCAGGAGGAGGUCCUUCUCAUAGGGGAAGCAGCGCUAGCAAGUGUCAUCCAGGCCGUCGACGUGGCGUACGAAGCAGGCAUCGAAGAUCGUGCCAAGCUCAAGGCACUUCGCAACGUGCUGGUGAAGAAGGGGAGCUGGGCUGGCACCAAGGUCCAGAUCAAGCCCAUGUUUCGAAAGAAGAUUGAUGAGGCGCCUCCUGUCCAAGAGGCGCCAGUGUCAAGUGGGGACGGCGAGGCCAACUCUCACGACCGCAGCAGCGAAAGCCCAGCUCCAGAAGGUCAAUGCAAGCCUUCCUCGAAGCGACACGAUUCCCUGUCGGGCGUGACCAUGUCCAAGUUCACGGCAGCCGAGGAACGCCUGGUUCUCGACAAGCUCCAGCUCAUUGUCAAGUGGAGUGGCGAGCCGACCCAUUCUGCGCGAUACCAGUCACAGGAAUUGGGCGAGAACAUGCGCAAUGACUUGCUGCUGCUGAACAGAGACGUUCUGGAGGAAGUCCACGUGUACAGCAGCUCGGAGCGGCGCGUGACGGCAAGCGCACAGAUCUGGGCCGCCUCGUUCUUGGGAAGAAAGGACAUACCUGAAGACUUCAUCACCAUCCGCAAAGACCUCCUCGACGACUCCAACGCUGCCAAGGAUGAGACAGACAAGGUCAAGAAGAAGCUCAAGGGGCUCUUGCGUAAGGGCAACGAACGCCCCGCCCAGUUCGCUUGGCCCGACAAAACACCAGAGCCUUCCGAGGUGCAGACCAGGGUGGUGCAGCUCAUGAACUUUCACCGGCGUGUCAUGCAGUACAACUACGGCAAAAUACACAACGGCUCCUCGGCGUCAAUCAGCUCCAUGUCCAAUGCAAGCACCGAGAAGCUGACUGGAGAAGGCUCCAGCACGUCCAUCUCGUCGGCACUGUCGCAUGCUAAUGCCGUCAACGGCAUCCAGUCGCGGUGGUGCAGCGGUGAGGACGCCGAGCUCUUCCGCGAGCGAUGGGAGAAGCUCUUUGCCGAGUUUUGCGACGGCGACAAGGUGGACCCGAGCAAGAUUUCCGAACUCUACGACACGAUGAAGUUUGACGCCUUGCACAACCGCCAGUUUCUGGAGUGGGUGUUUACGCCGCCAAAGACCAUGUUGGACGAAGAGUACACGGUCAAGGAAGGCAAAUCCGCAUCGCCCGAGGAAGGCAGGGCCUCGGAGGACCCCAAGGCCGACAAGGGCCAGAACCCGUCGCCAGACGGGUCUGACAAGAUGGAUCCAUCCAGUCGAGGAGCGACUGUCAAGAAGCUCUUCCGCAGACGAUCAUUCCUCAACAGCCUGAGACACCUGCACGAGGAGGGCCCGCCCGAACAGUACUUCCGGCUCUACAAGGGGACGCACCAGACCACGACCAAGACCGAUCCAAGGAACGAGCCGCUGCAGGAGCUGUAUCGCCUGGCCAAGGUCUUGUUCGACUUCAUUUGCCCACAAGAGUAUGGCAUUUCGGACAGCGAAAAGCUCGAAAUCGGGCUUCUGACGUCGCUUCCGCUGCUCAAGGAAAUUGUCCACGAUCUGGAGGAGAUGCAGGCCUCCAACGACGCCAAGUCCUUCUUCUACUUUACAAAGGAAUCGCACAUUUACACGCUGCUCAACUGCAUCAUCGAGGGCGGCAUCGAGACCAAGAUCAAGCGGAGCACGAUCCCCGAGCUCGACUACCUCUCGCAGAUCUGCUUCGAGUUAUACGAGUCCGAAAUGAAGGCGCCUGCGGCGGGCGAAUCCUCUGGAGACGAGCCCACCUUUACAUAUAGCAUCCGCGUCACCAUCAGCCCGGGAUGCCACGUGUUCGAUCCUCUGCACGUCCAGCUCGACAGCCGGCAUUGCAUAGGAUGUGCGCCGAGACGUAGCUUGACGCCGCACAUAGACUGGUUGCAGGUCAUCAAGACGCUGCGAGCAAAGUUUAAUCAGGUCAAGCUGCCCAAGACGUUCCUGGCCGUCAACCUGUCAGACGCCUUCACCUUUGAAGAGCAGGAGCGGCUGGCCAACGAUAACGACAUGCUCGAGAUGAAGGCCCUCCCGCCCAAAGACAUACUGUCCCGGGCGAGGAAGGGGGAGCCGGUCAAGCAAAAUGAUGCCCAAGCUGAGGCGGGCGCCGAAGCCACGGGACAGGAUGAGACGACCGACCCGGCCUGA